ACGGAAGCGUUGUCUCGUCGUGAACUUAAGUCAGUCAUUUCUGUUGUGUCAUGCAACGUUAGUAUAUUUCAUUCUUUAAACUACAUGGAUAUCACUCACCGUCGGGAUUAGGACUCAUUUGGCUUCAAAUAAACGCCCGGUAGCUUGUUACGUAGUGAAGCGCAGCGGGAACAGCUGGUACCUAUAACAGCUAGCUGACUGAGCUAACGGUUGAAAUCGUAUAGCAACCAACAACCGUGACUUUCAGUUCCCCUCCUGUCGACAUGGUUGCCUCGUCGCUGGUGCGACUGUUUUGGGGGGUCUUGUGAAAAUUUUGCAGACGGUGUGUCAUCGUGUUCGGGGUCUUUUGGCUGCGGUUUCUGGAAGAGUCGAAGAUAGCUAACCGCUAGUUUGCUAGCCAGGCGUUAGCAGGAUGGGAGCCGAGCAGAGCGGAGAAGCGGAGCACAAACACUCCGACUACAGCUCAUCAGUGGUGCCCUCUCCAGCAAAGCAGAAGGCAAAGAUGGAUGACAUUGUGGUUGUGGCCCAGGGGACCCAGUCAAUGCGAAAUAUCCACAACGACCCAGAUGUCAUAAAGCUUCAAGAAAUACCCACUUUUCAGCCCCUUUUGAAAGGAGUGUUGAGUGGCCAGACUUCACCCAGCAGUGUGUGUCUGGAAAGGUUGGAUCCUGCUCAGUUUCUGCAGCUCUGUGUCCGGUACCAGGACCAUCUACACCAGUGUGCUGAGGCCGUGGCCUUUGACCAGAACGCCCUGGUCAAGAGGAUCAAAGAGAUGGACUUGUCAGUGGAGACCUUGUUCAGCAUAAUGCAGGAGCGCCAGAAACGCUAUGCCAAGUACGCCGAGCAGAUCCAGAAAGUCAACGAGAUGUCCAUGAUCCUGAGACGCAUCCAGAUGGGAAUCGACCAGACGGUGCCGCUGAUGGAGCGCCUUAACAACAUGUUGCCUGAGAGCGAGCGCCUGGAGCCCUUCAGCAUGAGGCCUGACGGGGAGUCUGCCACGAAGUAGCCUCCUGAAAUCCAACACAGCUGCCUCCAGUCCUCUGUCCAAGGAAGUGCAGGUCUGUUCAGUUGUAGGAAUACUAAUUCUUUACAUGAGUGGAAGAAGUCGUAAUGCAUUAAAGUUUUUUGUUUUCAUUGUACAGGAGGAGCUCAGGUGUGAAUGUGUGAGACUGCUCUACUCAACCAUAACCACUUCUUUUUAUUCUUUUACUUAAUGCAGGACAUUUUGCUGAACACUCUCUUAAAAAACAAUAUCCUGCUUACUCCAGCACUUCUAAACAACAAACACCCAUUCACACCUGAGUUAACCUCUCACAAACCCUCCUGCUACUGGCCACUGGGCAGCUGUGCUGGAGUGGUUGUGAACUUAACUAUACAAGUGGAGGUCCUGGAGAUUAUUAUUUGUCCCUUCCCUGCACGGAAUGAAACUGGAAAGUUUCCAGGCACAGGCUUUGCUUGCUAAUCCAAAGGCAGAGGAGGAACAAACACAUUGGAACGAGACAGAAUGAACUCCAUAUGCUCUAAAAACUUGUCCUGCAGAUGUGUUGCAGGUUUUAGUGACUCAGAUACGCGUGUGAGCAACAAAAAGCAUCUCAGAAUGUUUCGUGCUGCUUUCGAGAUUUAUGUACACCUGUCAAAACAUCAGAGCCACUUGAGGACUUGCAGUGGAUUGAUUUUCGAUCGUGCACUUCACAUGACAAGUGUUUGUUGUUUGCGAUCCUGGUAUUCGUCUGGCUCCUACGUCUUUGCCUCGUUCACUGUUUGAGGAUCCUUUCCAAGAGCUGCUCGUGUGUACAUUGCCUGCUUUUAAUUUUCUGAACUAAAUCAGUUUAUCACUUUUGGGAUAUUAUGACGAAGAGACUCACGACCAACAUGAAGAAGGACUAUUUGUUUUGGAUUAUACAAAGAACAUGGAUGUGCUGCAUAUUUGAAGUAAAAUGAGAAACCUCUUCUUGGACAGUGUUCUCAAUAUUCUUAUGAACUCGUGAACUUCAGUUUUGAAGUUGACUUUAAUUUAUUUGGAUACUUUUGCUUGAGCAGUUGUAUCAAGCCUUGUUUUUGCAAAACAGUGAAGAAAGGAAAAAAAAACAACAGGUAAAAAAAACUGGCGCUUCAGUUCAGCAGACUGGCACAGAAAAAGGAAGCAGAGUGGAGCACGUAACAUUUAAAGACGUUAUCGACUCGUCACAGAUCUCCGUCCAAACCACGGUUUUAAAUCAUUGUACCAAAUAUAAGCAUUAACUUUGUGUGUUUGUCAGCUUUUCACAGUGAUCACCAAACGUCACACAUACCAAAGAUUCACAAGUCCUCAGAUCUGUGAGAUAAUAAGUGGAACUUUAGAAACAGUGCGUCUGUUUGAGGAAAGUGGUCAAGUUAACUUUGCUACUUCAUCUGUUGAAUAUUUAUGUUUCAGACGUAAAGCUCUAGAAGCUUAAACAUCAAACACACAACCCAACACCCCCCAAAAAACAACAACAACAACAAAAAACAUAUUUUCUCACUUAGCCUACUGGUCUUUGUCCACACAGGUGGUUUUGGUUUUAUUGGCCCAAGUCUAGAAAUAUCUGUCUUCUGCUGCCACCACAUUACAAUGGUUGUAAGUGGAAUUUUGUUUCUGGUGCUUACAGCAUAAAAAACUUCCCAUCAAAAAAAAAAAAUCAACAGCAGCAUCUUUCUGAAAAGAAAUGUCCAUGUUACGCACAAUAAUCCACAAAACACACCAUUAAUA